UCCAGGGCAGCCCAACCCAAUUCUUCCUCUUUCCCCCUCUUUGCAUUUCUUCACCGAAUUUGUGUUCUUCCUUACCCUUCUUUUAUGAAAACAAGCAAUCAUUUUUGAUCCCACAGUUCAUUCAUUCCCAUUUAUUUGACUUUUGGAAUUACAAAAAUUAUCAAUCCUGAACUUUUGCUCUUCGAGUUUCCCAUUUUUAAUCUGGAUCUUCACGUUGAAUUUAAUAAAUGGAGAAUCAGUUCUUCAUUAAUGCGGGAAUCCCACUGCACGCUCCGCCGUUGAAAUCUGGGUCGUCGCCAAUGUCAGUUUGGCAAUCGCUGUCUUCAGCCAUGGAAAUUCGGUCUCAAGAUUGUUUCCCGACUACAGAUUAUGGUUUACAGUACGAGUCAGCCUUGAGUUCCAUGGUGUCUUCCCCGGCUGCUUCGAAUUGCAAUAUCAGGGAACUGAUUGGGAAACAGGGGAGCAUUGGUGACUCUGGUGAGAUCCCCCAUCAUUCUCAGCCCAUGUUGGCGGCUUCUACAUUGAACUCGCAAUCAAUGGGGUUGAACUCCAGUGUGGCGGAUUUCUCAGCUGAUCCUGGAUUUGCAGAGAGAGCGGCGAGAUUUUCCUGCUUCGGAAGCAGGAGUUUUAAUGGUCGAACGACUCAGGUUGGAUUCAAAGACAAUGGUGAAAUCACAGCUUAUAGAUCUAAUCCGUUGGCACCAAACGCCAUUCUACCGCGUGUUUCCAGUAGUCCUGCUGUAAAAGCAAUGGCAUCUCAAAUCGGUGGCAGCAACAAGAACACCCCAUUGCAGGAUCGAUCCGAGUUAGCAAAUUCUCAAGAGGAAUCCACCGUUUCCGAUCAAAAUCCUGAGCCUGGCUUGAAAGGUUCGAAUUCCAGGAAAAGAAAAGCGGCUCCCAAGGGAAAAACAAAGGAAACUUCAUCGUCCCCAUCACCAAAUGCUUCAAAGGCGAUUGAACCUAACGAAACAUCAAAUGAAAAACGAUGCAAGUUAUCCGAAAGCAACGGAAACGAAAAUGGCUCUGGCAAAGCAGAGGAAGAUGCCAAAGGAAGCAAUUCAAAGGCUCCUGAGCCUCCCAAGGACUAUAUUCAUGUUAGAGCAAGAAGGGGUCAAGCUACUGACAGCCAUAGUUUAGCUGAAAGAGUCCGUAGAGAGAAAAUCAGUGAGAGAAUGAAGCUUCUGCAAAAUCUUGUUCCAGGUUGCAGCAAGGUUGCUGGGAAAGCCUUGAUGCUGGACGAAAUUAUAAACUACGUUCAAUCAUUGCAACGACAAGUUGAGUUCCUGUCAAUGAAGUUAGCUUCAGUAAAUACCAGGCUGGACUUCAACGUGGAGAGUUUGAUGUCAAAGGAUCAGGUAUUUCAAUCAAACAACACUUUGCAGCAUCCAAUGUUCCCAAUGAAUUCAUCAGCAUCAGCCUAUUUAGGGCACCAAACCCAGCAAAAUCCACCAUUACAGAGCAAUACUGCCAUCUGCCCCAAGCUUAACACCCAUUUGCCUCAAAUUAACGAGUUUAUUGACACUGUACCUGAGUACCCAGCAUUUUGUGAAGGUGACCUGGAUUACCCUAGUUCAGAUGGGGUUUGGCCGAAAUCAGAGCCAAGAAAUGGCAUUCCAUUCACAAAACUUCCAGGGGCUAAAUCAAGUGUCUGACAUGAAAGUUGAGCUCUAAUUACACCAUUCUUUGGUCCUGGAUUAAAUGUUCAAAGCAGAGAAUCGCUGCGGUAUAUACAAAAAAUGAACUUAUCAUUGGACCACUGCAUGAACUAUCAUAACUAGGGUAAUAGCCAUUUAUGCUUAGGUUUAAAGUGGAGUAUUCUUUUCCCUUUUUCCUAAUAUUUUUUUAUAUUAAUUUUAGGGUUCUCUUUUUGAACUUGUAAUUCUUUUCUUCUUCUUCUUCUUCUUCUUUUCUUACCAAUUAAUCCAAUGUAAAAUCUGUGUAUUCAUGAUGCAAAGAUCUUUAUA